AGUCACUUGGUGAGAGACAGAGAGAGAGAGAGAGAGUUGUUUGGGCUCUGAGAACUUUUCAGCAAGACCAGAGGACUCUGUUUUAUCACAAAGGAAUAUACAGGAUAAGGGUUUGAGUUUGAGGUAGUCUUAGCUCUGUGGAUAUGGCAGCUAGGAGACUCUCUUGCUUUCUCUCUCGUUCUCUCUCUGCUUCUUCUGCUGCUGCUGCUGCUGCUUCUUCUUCUUCUUCUUCUGGGUUUGCUUCUCUGCUUCUCUCUCAAGGGAGAAGGGUCAACAGAUUUAGCACUGCUGCAGCAACUGAGGAAUUAAUCAUUCCACCUGUUCAAAUAAGUCACACUCAGCAUCUAAUCAAUGGCCAAUUUGUUGAUGCUGCAUCAGGAAAAACAUUUCCAACAUACGAUCCUCGUACAGGAGAAGUGAUUGCUCAUGUGGCUGAGGGUGAUGCAGAAGAUAUUAAUCGUGCAGUAGCUGCUGCUCGUAAGGCAUUCGAUGAGGGACCAUGGCCAAAGAUGAGCGCUUAUGAAAGAUCACGGAUACUAUUACGCUUUGCUGAUUUGGUUGAGAAACAUAGUGAAGAACUUGCAGCUCUUGAGACAUGGAAUAAUGGGAAGCCUUAUGAACAGGCCUUGCAUGCCGAAAUACCAAUGUUGGCUCGUCUAUUUCACUACUAUGCUGGGUGGGCAGACAAAAUCCAUGGUUUAACUGUUCCGGCUGAUGGAAAGUAUCAUAUACAAACCCUGCAUGAACCAAUUGGUGUUGCAGGGCAGAUAAUUCCGUGGAACUUUCCUCUGCUCAUGUUUGCGUGGAAAGUUGGGCCGGCACUCGCUUGUGGUAAUACUAUUGUCCUAAAGACCGCAGAGCAGACGCCCCUGACUGCACUCUAUGUGGCAAAGCUAUUCCAAGAGGCUGGUCUUCCUCCUGGUGUCUUAAAUGUAGUUUCUGGAGAUGGGCCAACAGCUGGUGCUCCUCUUGCCAGUCAUAUGGAUGUGGACAAGGUAGCUUUCACCGGAUCAACUGAUACCGGUAAGAUUAUUCUUGAGUUGGCUGCAAGAAGUAAUCUUAAGCCAGUAACAUUGGAGCUUGGAGGGAAAUCACCUUUCAUAAUAUGUGAGGAUGCUGACAUUGAUCAUGCUGUAGAGCUUGCACACUUUGCUCUCUUCUUUAAUCAGGGGCAAUGUUGCUGUGCUGGGUCUCGUACUUUUGUUCAUGAGCGUGUGUAUGAUGAGUUCAUAGAGAAAGCAAAGGCACGUGCUGUGAAACGUGUCGUUGGUGAUCCCUUUAAGAAGGGUGUUGAACAAGGCCCUCAGAUCGAUAACGAGCAGUUUGAGAAGGUCCUUCGAUACAUAAGAGCUGGCAUUGACAGCGAUGCUACACUUGAGUGUGGAGGUGGAAGAUUGGGCUCUAAGGGAUACUUCAUCGAGCCAACUGUUUUCUCAAAUGUUAAGGAUGACAUGUUGAUAGCAAAGGAUGAGAUUUUUGGUCCAGUGCAAUCAAUUUUGAAAUUCAAGGACCUUGAUGAAGUAGUACGAAGGGCAAAUGCGACGCGUUAUGGUCUAGCUGCCGGUGUUUUCACCAGUAACAUUGACACUGCAAACUACUUUACACGGGCGUUGAGGGCCGGGACAGUCUGGGUUAACUGCUUCGACGUCUUUGAUGCUGCAAUUCCUUUUGGUGGAUACAAGAUGAGUGGAAUAGGCAGAGAGAAGGGAAUCUACAGCCUUAAUAACUACUUGCAGGUGAAGGCUGUUGUUACUCCUUUGAAGAAUCCAGCAUGGUUGUAAAUCUCUCAGCCGCACCAUACUCCGAUAUAAUCUGUUUCAAAAAUAAAAUUACACAAGUGUGUGUAUUGCAAAGAAAGUUGAUGAAUUUUUGGUGUGGAAAAUGAUAAUUGGUUUUUGGGACCGCUUCAAAGGCCUUCAUCUUUUCAAAUUUUAGUGAAAUGUGAGCUUGUUUCUAUAAUAAUCAAAAUGAUGUGCCACCAAAGGAAGUUACUUGAA